ACUGCUUCUUCACCACCUUUUGCUGCUUUCUGCACUGCGUCAGAAGCUCUUCAGCGUGCAGAUUCUGUGACAUCUGCGGUGUCCCUGUAUUUCUGCCGCCUCAAACUAGUCGCCCACCAUGAGCUUCUCCAUCGAGGUUCCCGGCGAAGCAAACCCACUGUCCUUUGAGACGCUGGGUCGUGCCCUCCACGCCGCGACCUCGACCGAUCAUUCACAACGCCAGGCUGCUGGCCAGCAACUCUCGUCCUGGGAACAACAGCCGGGGUACUACUCUUCGCUACAGACCGCCUUCCUCGACCGCUCGCUGCCGCCCCAAGUCCGCUUCCUCGCCAUCAUCCAGCUUAAGAAUGGCAUCGACCGAUAUUGGAGGAUAUAUGCACAGACAAAGAACGGAAUCAAGGCUGAUGAGAAGGCGGCCAUUCGCUCACGCCUCUUUCAGGGCAGUGUUGACGAGCCAGAAGCUAACCUCGCCCUGCAUAAUGCCCUAGUCAUAGCAAAGAUUGUUAGAAUCGAUUACCCCACCGACUGGCCAGAGGCCCUCCCCAGCAUCAUCAACCUUCUGCGAUCAACGAAAGACACCAACCAGCAGCAGCUGCGUGGAGUCCUCGAGGUUCUCCUUCGUGUGGUCAAGGAGCUGGGAACUGCUCGCAUGCGUAAAUCACAGACAGCCCUCCAGUCCGUCACGCCCGAGAUCGUUUACGUCCUCACCGAAAUCUACACUGAAAAAUCGAACCUCUGGAUACAAUACCUUUCAAACGGCCAGGGUAGCCAAGGAGAGGCCCAAUUAGCUAUGAUGAACAGCUUGGCGGCGCUUAAGACACUACGUCGCCUGGUUAUCGUUGGCUAUGAACGCCCUCAUGGUGACUCAACUGUUGAGCAGUUCUGGACUGUCUCUCAAAAUCAGUUUGGACAGUUGCUGGGCUUUGUCAAUGGAGAAUCUCAACUGCCUGAAGAGGUUGGAACUAUCGUCGGCAAGCAUCUACUGCAGUUUACAAAGCUCCAUAUCGACAUGUCCGAGCAGCACGCCGCAAGCUUCGUCUUUCUCCCCAGCUCGCUGUCGCUGGUUCGCGCGUAUUGGGAUCUGAUUGCACAGUUUGCUGAUGUAUACGACAAGUCUGGCGGUAUUCGGCAAGGAUCUGGCCAAGACUCUACGAAAGCCAAGGCUGAGGGACCACUGCUGGAGCGUCUCUCUGUUAAGGGUCUUCUGCUUCUCCGAGCUUGCGUCAAGGUAGCCUUUAGACCAGCCCAGACUUUCAAGUACAAAACUCCCGAGACAAAAGCCGAACAAGAUCAGGCCCGAAACCUCAUUAAGCAGGAGCUGCUAAAAGACGAGCUGAUUGUUCAAAUCGUAAACACCAUCAUCACACACUUGUUUGUCUUCCGCCGAGCAGAUCUUGAGGCGUGGGAAGAGGACCCAGAAGAAUGGGAGCAACAAGAACAGAGUGAAGGCCUUGCAUACGAGUGGGAGGUUCGACCUUGUGCUGAGAAGUUGUUCCUUGAUCUUCUUACCAACUACAAGGAGCUAAUUAUCCCCCCUCUGCUGCAGUACUUUCAAACAGGCCAAGCUCCUGAAGCAGAUAUUGCUACCAAAGAAGCAGUGUACACCGCAAUGGGUCUGGCUGCGGCCCAUGUCUACACCGUGUUCGACUUUGAUGCUGUCCUAGCAUCUACCCUAGUAAAUGAUGCACAACAGCAAGGCGGCUUAUUCAAAGUACUUCGACGAAGAAUCGCCAUUCUAAUUAGCCAAUGGGCACCCGUCAAGAUGUCCGACACGAGCAGACCGAUUGUGUAUCAAGUCUUUCGCCACUUUUUAACUCCCACCGAUGAAACAAAUGAUCUAGUUGUACGCAUAACAGCUGCUAGACAGCUUCGUUGGAUUGCGGACGAUCUCGAUUUCAACGUUGACGCCUUCUUGCCAUAUACAUCCGAUGUGCUUGCGCAACUCAUCGACUUGGUACAAAACGUGGACGUGGACGAGACCAAGCUUGCGAUUCUCGAGUCUAUUCGUAUUUUAGUCCAGAGAUUGGAGCAACAAGUCUCACAGUUUGGAGAUCUUCUCAUGUCCACGCUCCCCAAGGUUUGGCAAGGAUCUGGCCCCGAAGAAUACAUGAUUAAGCAAGCCAUCAUUGCCAUCUUCACUGCCCUUGUCAUGAGUCUGGGCAAUGACUCUCAACGUUACCAAGGCCUGAUGAUGCCUUUGCUCUCGGAAGCUGUCAGACCAGGCUCAGAUCUGCACAUACACCUCAUUGAAGAAACAAUCGAACUAUGGAACUCUGUAUUGAUGCAGAGCAAGUCUCCAUUGUCCCCAGAGGUGAUCAACCUGGCAGAUGCGGCACUACCGCUACUGGAACACAACUCAGAGACUGCAGUACAAGCCAUGACUGCAGUUGAGUCUUAUGUGCUCUUAGCCCCGGAAGCUAUGCUUGAACCCCAGAUGCGACAGAAGACACUACUGGCGCUGUCCGCAGCGUUGGAUUCAAAGAGUCGAGAGCAGGUUCGUCUUGGCACUGUUUGCAUAGAAUACCUGAUUCGAGCUGGUGCGCAGCUUGGAGGUGCGGAAGGCGUAUCCGCCAUUAUCAAAGACAUGAUGAGCACGGGCUUCCUAAACAAGAUUAUGGAGAACUUACACAACGCCUGGGAAGCCCACCAGACGACCGGCCCGAACAAGAAGACAAGCAAGCUCAACACCGUUACCGAAGGCGACUACUUUGCUAUCCUGGGAAGGCUGGCCCUUGCCGAACCAACACUCUUUGUUGAGAUGUUGUCGUCCUUUGGACCUAUUGACCAAGUCAUGAGCUGGCUCCUCAGCGAGUGGUUCUCUUACCUUGUCUGCAUGGAUCACCCAGAGCGCCAGAAGCUGUAUCUGCUUGGUCUCACGCGCCUGUUGGAACUUCCAUCGCCCAUACAGGAGAUUCUCCUCGGCCGACUACAAGAUUUCUUCGACAUGUGGAUCACAGUCGUGAUGGAAAUUCAAGAGGGUAACCCUGCCGGCGUCGACAUGCUGCUCGGCGGCGGCCAGGAGGAGCCUACCGAAUAUGAUACCCCCAAGAUGAUUACUGAGCGCCAUAUGAAGGCAGCUGACCCUAUACACACAGUCAAUGCUGUACAAUUCGUCAAAGAGCGUUUGCAAGAUGUUGUUGCGCGUGUCGGAGGCGAGGGCCCAUUCCAGGAGCAAUGGGCUGUCAAUGUUGAUGCAGAUGUUAUUGCAAAGUUUCAAUCUAUAUCAGGAGCACAAUAGAUAGAAAGCAUGCCGGAUUGAUUUAGAUGAAAAGCACGCUUGUAGGAUGGGUUGAAUGGGCUAGAUGAUACACAACGAUAUUAUUAAUGGGAACCACGAUGAUACACGCAGUCUUUAAAACAUGCCCUUGCUUUUUGAACCUGACUUUGAAACACAAACAAGCAUCUUU